UACACAUCGUGCGCAUAUUGUGUACAUAUUAUAUACAUGUAUAUAUAACGUGGUUUGCAGAGGUUGCACCGAAGACGUCUACGCGAGUGAUAUUGUACAGGUGUAAUAGGCGUAAUGAGGUAUACCUGUGUUUCUGUAACCAGAUGAAUGAUCUAACGUAGAAUUUCUGUUCCCGUGUUCUCCUGAUUGCGUGAAGGAUCCUGGCACCUUUUCACAUCUUGAAGUUACACUAUAGUGCGUUGAGAAUGAAUGAAUGAGGGAUAUACCGAAGCCUACUACAAUGUGUAUUUGUGAUUGAAUGCAGGAGCUAUGACCUAUAUCAUAGAUCAGCACCAAAGUGUUUUGUCGUGGCUGGUUGGAAGAUCUAAUAAGGAACACUGCACGUGUGCUACUAUGAAGGCAUCAAGGAUCUAACAAAGAGCCCUAGCCAAACUAUCGACGACUCUAGUGAAUGAAUGAUGGAUACAUGAUAAAGAACACUCUGGGUUCUAUUGAAAUGAUGAAAGCUCUGCUAAAAAAUAUCAAUACCGUGUUGUGAGUGAACGAAGGAUAGGAUAAACAACGUCCGCGCGUGUGUUAGUGUGACGGGAUGAAAGAUCGAGUAACGAACGCUCUGCGCCUGCUUUCGUGACGGACCGACGGGCUCAUCUAUUACCCGGAGUGCGAACAGCAUUGAUGGCCACAAACAUGACGUGGUUCUUCAGGCCAAAGCUGAAACCUGGCCGACAGCACGAGCUAGAGGAGGUGAUCGUGAACAAGCACGGUCAGGGAGCGCACCGGGACAGACGCAAGCUCGUGGAGGCCUUGAAGACGCACGGGGCCAUACUGCGCUCCGACGGCAAGGAAGUUAAUCCGAUAUUAGAUGCGCUGACGAUCGAGUUGCUACAGGAGGCCGACGAGCGCAACAGCAACAAGUCGACGAGCACGCAGAACUCGUCCGUCUCGCUCAGCCAGAAGCUGCCCGUCGCUCACUACCUCAAUCUGCUGCGCGGAGGCGACCCGACCGCUGUCACGUGCUGCACGAGCACGCAGACAGAGGGCGCCACCGGCGUGCAGCUCCUCUCCGUCACGACGCCGUCGGGCCAGACGACCACCACCGUGCUCAAGAACAGUCCGCAGCUCGGACGGAAGAAGGAGCAAUCGCGGAUCAUCUUUCGCAGAUCCAACACCACUGGAUCUCUGUCGGCGGGAGCAGAGGUCGCCACCGACACUCAACUGCGUAGCAGGGCGCCGAGCUUCGUGGCGGCCAUCUUGGGUGGCGGCCAACUUGGACGUCUCGACGAAAGCGAGGGGGAAGCCAAUCAGAAUGCGACUGCGCUCGCGGACGAUACCGGUGUUGAUGUAGAUACAGAUUCGAGUAAAGAAGUUGAUAGUGAUACUGCAGUGAGCGCAUCGGGGCUGGCCAGACAGCGAUCAGACAGCUGUGAAAGUAAAGGGUUGCGGCGAGCCUCCCUAUCGACGCUGACGGAGGAGGAGAGCAUAGACAUGCCCGUAUCGCCGAAGCCUCCCGCCUACAAGCCGCCGCCAGGCUACACGCAGACGCUGCGCGGCGGCUCGCUGGACAGGCUGCACGAUAGAACGGCAGAAUGGCCGCCCGCACCUCAUGCGCAUAUGACCGCACAGCAAACAACAAUGGCGGCCGUGCCCGCGCAUGCGCCCUACCCGCGCAGCGGCAGCAUGGACCGCUACGAGGCGGGCUGCUACAACCGCUUGGCUACUAACGAGACCGUGUACGCGUACCCGGCGCAGACCGGCGCGUACCCUGGCAGCUUCGAGCGCCUGCCCCCGCACGCGCAAGGCUACGCACCGGCGGCGAUGGAGUACGCGCAUCAGGGUAGCGGCUCGAGAGCGACUCCGGGCCACGACCAGCACUGCAGGCAAGGCAUGUACGCAGACAGGUCACAUGCAGUGUCAACCCCCGCUGUGUGCGCGCCUCUACGCCACGACCGCGCCCGCUCGGUGUCGCCUGGCUGGCCCCCUGGCGGUGCGGGAGCACGUGACAGACCCCUGCCCGACUACCCGACACCGCCACGGUACCAGGCAGUCUCCGAUAGCAUGAUCAGGGAAGAUGGCGGCGAUGCGACGGAGUCAUCGAAAAGUGGCGCGCGACACGGCAGUACGAUAAAUGGAAAAGACGCGGGCGGCAUGGCGGAGAAGAAAAACGUUCCAGAGGAGGAAUUCAAAAGGUCAUCCAUGAGACAGAGCAGACGGCAGCGCCGAAAAAGCUCCAGCGGUAGUCUAUCUCCCGGUAAUAGUCCUGUACCGCGUUGCCAAGCAUUCGAUUACGGUACAGAGGAAGAAGACUAUGGAACAAGAAAACCCGUGGUUUCCAACUCUGCACAUAUGAAUCGGAAUAACAAUAAUGGGGAUGAGAAGUCACCGGAGAACACUGCCGGCAAGAAACAGUUGAAGUCGAAAGUUGCGGAAAUGGCCGAAUUCUCGGAGACGGAAUCGGCCCGCAAUGCCAGCGGCGGUUCGAUGGACUCUGAAGAUCUUACGACGGAGCGGACGGGAGGCGCCCUGGAACCGCCAGUACCAAGCAAGGAUGCAGUCGCCUUCCCCAGCCUCCCAGAUUCCUUCCUGAAGAAACUAGGCCUUGAGAGGAAGUCGCCGGGAGACAGUCCAACGUGGACGGAGAAGGAUCUAGAGAGUAAGUUUGGCAGCCUAUCGCUGGCCUUCAAGACGGACCGCACGACACUCGACCGCCGGAGGGAGCUGCAGCAGCGGUCACGUGACCUCGUCGAGAAAAACGUGGAUAUCGAACUCGAAUCGAUGCGAGACAGCGUCAAGAAUUGGAUCGACCGCACUUUGCGAGUGUGA